GAGCACCUCCAGCCAUUGUCUGCCUCCUCUCGCUCGAGUCCGGGAACUAAUAAAACCGCCAUCUCCGUCGGCCCCGAGUUCCAUUUUGGAAAGAGGGAAAUGAAAACUAAGCCAGAACGCGAGCUACAGCCUUAGGCCCGUGGAUUGCUCGCUGUUCUUACUUGGACGAAGCAAAGUCACUAAGCCAACCGCCAAGCAAGCUAGCGCUGUAGCGCAGCGCGGAUGGCCGCGCCCUCAUCCUCGUCCGCGCGGGCGGGCACGCUGCCUCGCCCAUUGCAUCCCCUCGCUGGCUCCGUGCGCCAGGAGGAGGGGGAGGCCGUGGCGGCCGGCGCCCACCCCGGCGCGCCACGGGUGCGAAGCAAGGGGAGGAAGCAGAAGCAGCUGUGGCCCAAGACGGUGCUCCGGAAGUGGCUCAACAUCAGGUCGCCGGAAUCCGACUUCAGCGCCGACGAGGGCGACACCACCGACGACACCGACAGCGAGUUCGAGUACGAAGAUAACCAACUGGGUGCUGUUCCAUACAGGCUUCAUAGAAGGCACAAGUCAGAGACCCUUCGUGCUCAGUAUAUUGACGUCAGGGAACUCAGGAUUUGUGCAGGAACGUGGAAUGUUGCAGGCAGACUUCCACCCAAUGACUUGGAUAUCGAAGAAUGGUCGGAUAUGGAGGAGCCAGCUGAUAUAUAUGUUCUUGGAUUUCAAGAAAUUGUUCCAUUAAAUGCUGGGAAUAUAUUUGGUGCUGAGGACAACCGUCCUGUUGUGAAGUGGGAACAUAUCAUUCGUGAAACAUUGAAUAAUAUUAGCCCAGAUAAACCUGAAUAUAGAUGCCAUAGUGACCCUCCUUCUCCAUCAAAGUUCAAGCCAUCUGAUGAUGCUUUUGUGAUGGAAGAUGAACUUAUUAGUGAGUCUGACAGCGAAAGUGAUGGGGAGGUGCACCCGUUGAACGAACAAGAUUUGAUUGCUUCUGUUAAUGGCAUUCAUGGUAAUAAAUAUGAACACGCCGCUGAUGCACCUGAAACUAUUCUACAAGAUGACAAGUUCAGCAGGCUGCCUUCAAUGAAGACUUUUGAUAGAUCCCAUAACUUAAGUUUUAAAGAAUCUAAUUUAGAAGAGAAGAUCAGUCAGAAGAUAUUAACUAAAACAUUCAGUCACUCAGAGAGGCUCGGAAUGAUUUGGCCUGAACAGCCAUUGGAUAAGUUGGCUCAGUAUCUUCCUGACAGCACAAAAUCAUUUGCUUCAGGGAAGGCACUAAGAACAAUUUUAUCUUUCAAGUCAGUAAAUGGAGACUCCGGUCCAUUUCAGGAGGAUAAUUCAAUUCAUGAUUUAAACAUUAACUGUGCAGUCGUUAAAAGAAAAAGACCAUACUUUGUAAGAAUAAUAAGCAAGCAGAUGGUUGGAGUAUUUCUUUCAAUCUGGGUACGAAGAAGCCUCCGGAAGCACAUUCAGAAUCUGAAAGUAUCAACUGUAGGCGUCGGUGCUAUGGGGUACAUUGGUAAUAAGGGAUCAAUAUCAGUAAGCAUGUCCAUAUAUCAAACACACUUUUGCUUUAUAUGUUGUCACCUGACCUCUGGAGAAAAGGAUGGAGAUGAACUAAAAAGGAAUGCUGAUAUUCAAGAAAUCCAUCGAAGGACAAUAUUUAAUCCAGUUUCCAGAGUCAGCAUGCCUAAGACAAUAUAUGACCAUGAAAGGAUUGUAUGGCUAGGUGAUCUCAAUUAUAGGAUCAACUUAUCAUACGAGGAGACACAUGAACUCAUCUCCAAGCAGGACUGGAAUGGAUUGUUUCGGAAAGAUCAGCUAAAAGUAGAGCUGAGGAAAGGGCAUCUAUUUGAUGGGUGGACUGAGGGGGUUAUCAACUUUCCUCCAACAUAUAAGUACAAGGUUAACUCAGAAAAGUACAUAAGUGAUGAGCCCAAAUCUGGAAGGAGGACACCUGCAUGGUGUGACCGAAUUCUUUCAUAUGGUAAGGGAAUGAGGUUAAUGUCAUAUAGGACAGUUGACCUCAGGCUAUCUGAUCACCGCCCUGUGACUGCUGUGUACAUGGCUGAUGUUGAGGUUUUCUCUUCAAAAAAGUUGCAAAGAGCUCUUACCUUCACCGAUGCAGAGGUUGAGGAUCAGCUCUCCUUUGAGGAAGAUAGCGCUUCUGGGAUUUACAACCUCGGAUUAUGUUAAAUCCAAGACAAUAGUUUGGGACAUGCAUGCGAUGAAAUUAGUGCUUUUCUUGAGUAUCCAAGGGUUGACACACUCCGUUACGGCCUAAUCCUGUCCGGCCACGAGCUCUCUAUUUUUUUCUGAGACCACCAGUUGGAAGUAGGUAGUCAUGUAAUUUCCUCCAUGCCCUGACCGUAUUUUGAAAUCAGCUUGUCAUGUAUUUGUCACUGUUUUUUCCCUUUCGUUUUUGUGUGCAGUACUGUGGUAUGCCUCUUCUGUGAAGAAAUAAUGUCCUCUGUAACGGUCUAAUUGUAAUUUAAAAGUUGAACACUGUAAUUUUACUGGCAGACUGAUUGUGAGUUGUGACAUUGUGCAGUUUCAGUUC